GGAAAGCCAGCAUUGUCGGCUCGGAAGGGGCUUGCAGUAACGGGAAAGAAGAGGGGAGCCUGGCUACGGCUCAGGCAUGAUCCGAAUCUACCUCUUGGAGGGAAAGGCCUUUGUGUGGAACUACGCAGAUGUGUGGCGAAUCCGGGAGGAACAUCGCAUUGUUGGUGUGCUGGUGGGGGCUUUGCCUCGGAAACCACGACAGAAUGUGCGGCUUGGCCUGCCCUUGGAGUUGCUCCCUGAGGAGGCUCGGCUGUUAUUGGAAAAGGGGUUGGCAAUUUUGGUUAAGAGCCCAACAUCCCAGUCCCUUGAUGAUGGGAAGAGCCAGGAUCCCUUAUUGCCAGGGAAAGUGGCUGCCUAUGAGAUGGAGCUAGAGGAGAACUACCAGGAGCAGCUGAGGCUCUCUGCAAAACAGAGGAAGGCUGUCUUGGACUCUCUUGCAGACCGUAUAGCCCAGGGCCGAGCAAAGAAAUGGCAACGGAAGGGAGAAGGAGGCGAUCCCCUUGUACAGCCUGCAGAGUCGGGUUCUGGUUUUGUACUUCCCCAAGAAUCGAUGAUGAUCCAGCUGCCCACUGAACGGAGUGAGAUAACUCAAGAAGAGGAAGUAGACUGGCACGUAGCAGCCCAGCUCUGGCCUUAUGCUGGACAAGAGCACCAUGAGAUGCGCUACUGCAUUUUCAGGGACCUCUGGGAACGAGGCUAUUACGUCACAACUGGGAGCAAAUUUGGGGGCGACUUCCUCAUUUAUCCAGGUGACCCCAUGAGGUUCCACGCCCAUUACAUCGCACUCUGUUUUCCCAAAGAGGUGCCAAUCUCUCUGCGUGACAUCAUCAGUGCUGGACGCCUUGGCACCAACGUCAAGAAGACUGUGUUGCUCUGUUCAGUGGACCAGGACGGCACCGUAGCAUAUACAUCCUUGCGGUGGAGUGGGAUGCAGUGAGAACAGGGAGGAAAGGCUCUGGUCUUAGGACUCGCAUUUCCGACAGUGGCGAGGUCUGGACUUGUUAGGAUAUGCUUUGACAAGAACAAUUCUCUCGUAUUCUUCAUCAGCUCAGCAUCCUCCAGAGUUCCCAGAAUUCUCAGCCACCAUGGGUAAAAGCACUCGGAAUUCUGGGAGUUGCAGUCUCAGUACAUCUGGACUGAGGAAAUUUGUUGACAUUAGAUAGUCCUUGGGUUCUGACGGCGAUUGGGACCGAAAUUUCCAUCUCUAAGUGAUGCUGUUGUAAAGUGCAAUGUCACGUGACUGCAUUGCUUAGCAAUGGCAAUCCCAGCAGUCCCUGUUGCUGUCAUAACCCCAAGACCGUGCAGGUCGUUAAGCGAGGAUAUCACGUGACUGCAACAUGGGAAGAAGUGGGAGUCCCAGGCAAGCAGGCUGGCAGGCAAGAGCUGUGGGCAGGUGGGCGCUACAGAGCAUGGGUGGGUAUUGCAGGUGUGUGCAACAGGUGGGCACUAUGGAGUGCAGGCAGGCAGAAAAGCGGUGGGAGCGACUUGCAACCUCCUGCCGGUUUCCCCAUCAGCUUUGCUUGUGGGAAGCCGGCAGGGAAGGUUGCAAAUGGUGAACAUGUGACUGCAGGAUGCUGCCAGUCAUAACUGUAAGAUGGUUGCCAAGCGCUGAAUCUUGUGUGUCUACAGGGAUGCUGCAACAGCUGUUAAGUUUUUAAGUACCCCUUGUUCGGCGCCAUCGUAACUUUGAGUGGUCGCUGAAUGGAUGGUCUUAACCCAAGGACUACCUAUAAUCACCGUUACACUUACGCAUAUCAGUUAUAAAAGAAUCCAUAGCCACCCCCAGUAUUUGUUGUU